AUGUGGCCCACCUCCUUCACGUUGCCUUCGCUAUCAUCAACACGGUGCAAGGGCUGUGAUCACCCCCGGCCAAAGUACAAUGGUGCCUACGGCUCUGUGCGUUCGAGCCUGGGCGCCAUGCUGUCAAAUGCCCAGGCCGGCUGCGUCCCCUGCUCAAUCUUCUCAGACGGCAUCCUCACGUUCUUGGCGGACAACGGUGAGGUUCCGCGAGACGAUGUCAACGAGCUGCGGAUCGACUUCAACCUGACCGGGAACGGGCCCAGCUUGGAGCUCAUGCUCUUGAACACGCCAAUAAAGCUCUGCUUCUUUUGCUCUGAGCCUACCCCGUGGCUAUCAGAGACCCUGCCAGAUCUACCGGUUGGAUACGAAAUUCCCAGAGCGACCUCUUCUCCGGAGACCCUGUCCUGGGCUGUCCAUCAGCUCCAGCACUGCAAGCAGUUCCACAAGUCAUGCAGCAGCACCUCAGCCAAAUCUCCCCUUCCAACGAGGGUGCUCGACGUGUUUGCCUGGGACUCGGGAGAUGGCGGCGUCCGACUCUACGAAUCCCGCGGCGAAACAGCUCCCUACGCGAGCUUGAGUCACUGCUGGGGGAAGAAGCCCUUUCUGCGCACCCUCUCCUUCAGCCUUGCCGCGCACAAGAACGAGAUCAUCUGGGCGCGGCUCCCCCCGUCCUUCCAAGACGCAAUCUCCUUCACCCGCAAGCUGGGCAUCCGGUAUCUGUGGAUCGACAGCCUGUGCAUCGUGCAGGACGACACGCACGACUGGCGCCUCGAGGCCGCCAACAUGGCCUCCAUCUACCAGAACUCGGCCAUCGUCAUCUCGGCGGCGAAAUCCCAGGGCGCGUACGGCGGGCUGUACGCCGAGUUCCCGUCCAAACACAAAACCCACACCAUCCAAUUCUCUCCUGACUCAACCGCAGCUCCGGAAACCAUUCAUGUCCGCCAUGCCCUGACCCACAGCCAGCGCCUGCUCUCCCCCUACCACGCGCCCCCUUCGACCCUGCCCAUUUUCACGCGCGGCUGGAUUUUGCAGGAGCGCUUCCUGUCCCCGCGCACGCUGCACUUUGGGCCCGAGGAGCUGUCGUGGGAAUGCGUCGAGCGGACGGCAUGCCAGUGCAGCGGGCCCAGCAUCUCCUCUUCCUCUUCCUCCUCUUCCUCUUCCUCCUCUUCCUCUUCCUCCUCUUCCUCCUCCUCCUCCUCCUCUACCCCCUCUUCUUCAAAUUCAACUCCCGCCCUACAACCUCAACCUACUACCAGUAACCCACCGAGGUGGUACACGUACCUAACCUCCCGCUGCGCCCGUCCAAAACACUACUACAGCCCCACAACCUGGCACAGCAUGACCCCUGAAGAACUGGCGGCAUGCUGGCGGCGGCUAGUCGAGGACUACACCCGCCUGCGGCUAACAUACGACAAGGACGUCUUUCCCGCAGUAGCGGGCAUGGCGCAGGCCAUGUCCCACGUUCGAAAUAAAACCCAAACCCAACCAGACUCAGCCGGGCCCGGGGCGCAGGAGCAGUAUCUAGCCGGCCUGUGGCGGAGCAGCUUGUUGCCAGACUUGCUCUGGCACGUCGAGUUGCCGCCUUCGACCAGUACCAACACCACCGACGUCACCGAGGAGGAUGACUCUUACUCUUGGGCGUGGCCGUCACGUCCAGAGAAAUGGCGCGCCCCCUCAUGGUCCUGGGCCGCGGUCAAGGCUCCCGUCGAAUUCCUCAACACAACAGAGCCAGCUGGUUUCGAGGCUGAGUGUGAGGUGAUAGACGUGAAAUGUGAGCCGGCAGGGCCUGAUCCGCGAGGGGAGCUGCUCGAAGGCGGGAGUUACCUCAUUCUCAAGGGCAGGCUGGUGCCGGCCGUCCUACGGCGUCGACGACCCAAAGUUUCCCCGGCUGGGGGACCCAAUAAUGAAAACAGGCCUCCCGAACCGUGGAACCUGCUCGACCUGGACAUCAUGGACGGGCACAUGAAGAAUAUCUGGGCCGACGACGGUUGCGAGGAUCUCCUAGGACAUGAUGGACUGAACAGCGGGCGGGUGUACUGCCUGCUGAUCGGACGCAAGUUGCCGAGCAAGGAGUCGGUUUUCCUCCUCCUCGUCCGAGUCGAGGACAGCAAGUUGAACAACGACAGCGAACUGAACCAAAAACCCCUUAUUUAUCGACGAAUCGGUCUGCUUGAGAUCCUCGGCGGCCCGCCCAGCCCGGUGUCCUGGGGUUGGCUGCACAAUCUCCGCGAUAAGGGCGAGGAUGCUGUGGUCAGGAUGAUCUAG